ACGCCGGCCCUCGAACUCCAGGGGAGGGGCGGUAGAGUCCUCGCGAGGUUUCGUGCUGGCGCAGGCGGUGGACGGCGACAGGUGGGGAUGCGCUCGGAAGAGGGGGCCGGAGGCCUGGGCGCAGCCGUGUCCGCGCGGGGUCCGAGUUGGAGGGAGUUGUCGGCCGCAGACGUCCAGUUUCGCCGAGAGUCCCCGCGGAGGGUGUAUUCGGUGCCUCUAACCUCAUCCCUCAGCGAGGGCGGAGCCGGCAAGCCUCGCGAGGAAAAGAAGACGGCCCUGAGCAAGGUGGUGCUCCGCAGACUGCCGCCAGGCCUGACCAAGGAACAGCUGGAGGAGCACCUGCGCCCGCUGCCUGCGCACGAUUAUUUUGAAGUGGUGGCUGCAGACCUCAGUCUCCAUCCUCAUCUCUACUCAAGAGCAUACAUUAAUUUUAGGAAUCCUGAUGACAUCCUUCUGUUCAGAGAUCGUUUUGAUGGAUAUAUCUUCAUUGGCAAUAAAGGCCUGGAGUAUCCUGCAGUGGUGGAGUUUGCUCCAUUCCAGAAGAUUGCCAAAAAGAAGCUGAAGAAAAAAGAUGUCCGGACCGGAAGCAUUGAAGACGAUCCAGAAUAUAAGCAGUUUCUAGAAACAUACAGUUUGGAGGAAGAAAAAACCAGUGCCAGUCCUGAAAUGCUUCUAGGGGAGAUAGAAGCAAAAACAAGAGAACUCCUUGCCAGAAGAACCACACCUCUUUUGGAAUAUAUUAAAAAUAGAAAAUUAGAAAAGCAGAGAAUUCGAGAAGAAAAGCGAGAAGAACGAAGGAGGAGGGAGUUAGAGAAGAAGCGUUUGCGGGAAGAAGACAAAAGGAAAAGAAGAGAAGAGGAAAGAUGCAAAAGGAAAGAAGCGGAUAAACAAAAGAAAACUGAGAAAGAAGUAAGGAUUAAGCUUCUUAAGAAACUAGAAAAGGGAGAAGAACCAACCACAGAGAAAACAAAAGAAAGAGGUGAGGAGGUUGGUACUGGAGAUGAAAAGCAGGAAACCUGUGUGACUUUGAAAGCCAGACCCCUGAAAAGCCUGCUGGAGACAGCCGGAGAGAAGUUUUUGACAGCUGUCCAACAUCAUCCAAAUCAAGAAGAGAAAAUAUCCGUGCGAUUAUGUGGUCAGGCAUCCGAACCAACAAGUCAAAUUUUCCCUGACACAGAUUCAAAGAAUAAUCCAAUACUUCUUUACCAAAUACUUUCUCUAUUUGCCCUAAAUAUCAGAGAUGGAUAGCAAGCAGACACUGGAUUAUGACAGGCAAGCAUGUAGCUCGGCUUGCUCACAAAAGCUAUUCCGAAUUGUCUUUAAAAUAAGGCCAUAUUCCCACUGAAGACUGGUCACUGAAAACCCUCAGUGAUGUAAAUGAUAAUCUGUUCCUUCUUUGAAGCUCUUUACUAUGCCUGAUAGCAGGUCUUUGAAAACUUGGCUCUCCACCUGAAUUUCCUUUCUUCAUUCUUAAUGGGUACUUUUCUUGGACACCGAGCACAUAGGUGAGAGCUUAGGCCUCGUGUCACAAGGCCAUACUUUUCACCACAAUGGAACUGAAAAGUGGUUCCCGUGGGUAAAGCACUUGUUCUGUGAACAUGAGGUUCAGAAUUCUGAUCCCUAGCGCUCCAGGUGGGCAUGACAGCCCAGUCUUUACCAAGGGGUUGGGGAGUAGAACACACGGAAUCCAUGGAUCAAGCUGGUCCAGAGGUGGGUGUAGGACCUCUAUCCAUCUAGAGAGCUUCUAUGUGUGAUCAAAGAGACAUGAAGGGACUCGCCUAGGUGGAGCCAGCAAUGUGGGUAGAGAUUCAGGAGUGGACAGAGCUUGGGUCCCCAGUAGGGGUGGCUUUAUUUUGUUUUAAUGUGCUACAGAACCUUUACUGGAGCAAGACAAGUAUCUACUGCCUUGUAAUUCUUAAAGUGGGAUUUUCUGGCAGCACACACCUUUAAUCUCAGCACUUGGGAGGCAGAGGCAGGUG